AUGGUUACUGAAGGCCCACCAAUAAAAUAUGAGCAUUCUUGGCUUCAUCGAUACUGUUUUUCUCCUGAGACUCAUCAUCGAAGGGCCCAAGGGUCUGGCCGACUCUUCUCAGGACUCUUAGCCAUUAAUGUGGUGUUUUUAGGUGCUGCACUCAUCAGCAGUGUGGUCCUGAGUGAGGGUGCUGUGCCUACUCAGGAUUCAUAUAUCUUCCUCACGGUUCUUAUGCUCCUCGCCUUAGCAUGGGGUCUCUACCAUCUCCUGUGUACCCGGAAGAAACCACAUGCGGUAAUGCACCAAGACCAUCACGCAGGGUCACAUUGGUUACGAGCUUCACUCUCUCUUUUUGGAGUAUGCAGUGUUCUUCUGUCCAUCUUUAAGAUUGGAUAUGAUGUUGUUUUGCUGCCAUGUAAAUCACCAUUUGGAAUCCUCUUCUCCUGCACAGAAAUUCUCUUCAUAAGCGUUCAGACAUCUCUGCUGUGGAUUUCCUGCAAAGACUGUAUUCAGAUGCAGCACAAUGCAACUAGAUGUGGGAUCAUGCUGACUUUGGCCACCAAUCUGUUGCUUUGGUUUUUAGCAGUAGUUAAUGACUCUGUGCAUCGAGAACAAGAAGACUUACAAUUAAAUAUCACGUUAGAUGUCAAUAUUACUUGCUCAUGUCCAGAAUUUUCCUUGUGCUGGACUUUCCAGCAGGGGUAUGUGACCCUGUACCCCUUCAAUUCUGAGUACAGUCUUAUUUGUGCUUCUAUGCUCUUCAUCAUGUGGAAGAAUGUUGGAAGAAUUGAUCAUCCUUUUUCUGGGUCACCCAAAUCUGAAUUCCGUCUGAGAGGGGUGGUGUAUGGUCCCCUUUUGGGGGGUGCUGCUUUGGUUAUAGGAAUAUGUGUCUUCAUCCAAUAUCAAGUUCAGGCCUCAACUGGGACAGUAGCCCCAGCAUCCUUUCUACUCUAUUACAUAUACAACAUCACCCUACUAGCUGUCAUGAUAAUUUGUUGUGCUAUAGGGAUACUUACCCACAGUCUUGGGGAGAAGGACAUCAGAGGUCACUUCAACCAACACAAACAUGAUGACAAACUGGAUGGCACAAGAGAGAAAUUUAAGGAAAUCCGACAAGGGCAAGAAAAGAGCAAAGAGCACAGGCAAGGUACAAAAGUUGGAAAACAUGAACAGGAUAAUGCUGAAAUGAAUGAAAUUGCAGAAAUGGAGCCAGAACAACAGGAUUGUAAUGUGAAAAGUGAUUGUGGUGGUGGUAGAGAGGAAAACAGAAUUGGAGUAGAUGAGGAGCAUGACAUGGAACAGAGAGGUUCCGGGCUCAGUCACAGGAAAAAGCAGCAACCUCCUAAACGACAUUACAAAGACUCAGGAGACCACACACGCAACAGUUCAAGUAAGAACUACACUCAAAGCCUUGAAAUUGUCUUGUUGUUGGGUGCUGCCCUGGGUCAGUUUUCCAUAUCAUAUUUUUCCAUUGUAGCCCUACUGGCAACUAAUUUGUGGAACCUAAUGAACAGUCUUAGCCUCGCAUAUUCUGUCCUUAUGAUCCUGCAGCACAUAUUCCAGAAUAUAUUCAUUAUUGAAGGUUUGAGAGGACAACAUGGAGAAGCUGCCCAUCAAAUGAUGCCAAAUGAUGAUUCAGAAGAUGAAAUAGAACCUCCUCGCAGGAUGUCUCUAUUGGAAAUGCGCAGAGUGUCCCUUGCUUAUUUACAAAGUGUUGGUCGUUUGAGUGUCAGCCGAAGAUCUGUCAAGGAGAUUGCUGUUUUCCUCGUCUUAUGUAAUGUCAUGUUUUGGAUCAUGUCAGCUUUUGGAAAUCAUCCGCAGUAUACAAAUGGGUUGGAGAAGCAGUUCUAUGGAUUUUCUGCCUGGUUUUCCAUCCUCAAUUUUGGGUUGCCUCUAUCGGUUUUCUACAGGAUGCACAGUGUGGGUGCUUUACUAGGGGUCUAUAUGGAAACCUGAGAGCUAGCACUUUGAAUGAAAUCUAUUCCCAGGGUGGUACCAUGAUAAUCUUUGAUUAUUUUUUAUUGAAGUCAAUAAAUAAAUAAGAC